GCACAGGCUGUCCUGCCACCACCAGAGCCAAAGGGCCUCUGGGAAGGGCAAGCGGAGGGGCCAGCGCUGGCCUGCUCUUGUUGCCCCUCUGCUUCACUUCGCCGCCCUGACCGGCUCUGAACCUGCUCGGGUUUAUGGGCGAUUAGUCACAAUUCCCGAGGCCAAGACGGGAUGGUGUCUGUGAGGGGGCUUGGUCAGCCACUCAAACGAACGGCAGGGAGAUACAUCUCCUUAUGAACGAAGGAGAAAGUGAAAACGGUACAGAAGCCUGAGCUCCAGGGGAGAAAGAAAAUGGAAGAGAAUCCAAGCGUGGAUCUGUCCGGAGCUGGGCCAGCCCAAGAUGAGGUGGAGAACACAGCAGAGCACCCUGUGCACCAAGAGCCCACCCAAGAAACACUUGAGCACCAAGUGACAAGCAGGUGGCCUGAGACCUCCUGCAAACCACAGGAUGACUCUUUGGUAUGUAAGUCACCAACUUUGGAUGGAGGAGAGAUGACGCUGUUGGAUUCAGCUGGCCCCACAGUAGAGGAAAAGGUUCCCCAGGAAACUGAAGUAUCACUGGAAGAAUCUGGGAAGACAAGAGAUGGUGUCUCAGAAAGAUCACAGGAAGAAGAUGACUUGGAUGAAGCCGGGCUGGCCCAUGAUAAAAUGGACAGCAAAGGAGACAGCCCUGUCCACCAGGAAACAAGGGAGGACCAGGAGACAAGCAGGCAAUGUGAAAGCUCCUUCACAGCAGAGGAAGAUGCUUCAUCAAGAAGCAAGUCACUGAGCUCUGACAGUAAAAUGACACAUUUGGAUGUGACUGCCACGGAAGAUGUCACCAAGGGCUUCCUGGCAGAGAAGAGCACCAGUGCCCCUCUCCUAGAUCAGGAGCCAGAAGAGCACAUACAGCAAGAAACACAGGAGAGUGGAUCCCAAGGCACAUUAAGGAACAGACGUGGGACCGAAGGGCACACAGCCCUAAAGCCAGAGGCUCAGCCCUGCUUGCAGAAUGUCCCCACCCAAAACACAGACGAGGAGAAGACCCAAGAGUCCCUCUUGCUGAAAGGGCUUGCCGUCAUGAGCCUCGUACUGCUCGGCUUCUGCAUAUUCUGCUUCGGCAACCCAACCUCCAUGUCCCAGCAAGUCCCCAAGAACCCCACAGUGGAGGCAUUCCUGUCCCAGUUCAACCAGCUGCCGGACAAGUUUCCAGGGCAGAGUCCGCACCUGUGGCUUCGUGGGCGCAAGUUCCUGCAGAAGCACCUCAAUGCAUCCCACCACACGCAGCCGGCCAUCAUCAUCUUCACAGCUGCCCGCAAGGGUGAGCGGACCUUGCGAUGCCUUAGCACCUGUGUGGCCAACACCUACUCGGCCGCCCUGCAUGCCAGCACGGUCCAGAUCGACGGCACGGAUAAAUCCAGGCUCCAGAGUGACCACGCCAAGCUGGAGGUGGACUCAGAGCUGAGCUCAGCUUUCCAGGCUGGGGGCCGUGCUGCAGUGAUACACCGCUUUGAGUUGCUGCCGGCCGGCGCCACUCUCAUCUUCUACAAGUACUGCGACCACGAAAGUGCUGCUUUCAAGGACGUGGCCCUGCUGCUGACCGUGCUGCUGGAGGAGGAGACACUGGACACCCACAUCAGCCUCCAGCAGGUGGAAGAGAGGGUCCGUGACUUUCUCUGGGCCAAGUUCACCAACACCAGGACCCCCAGCUCCUAUGACCACAUGGACUCCGACAAGCUGAGCGGGCUGUGGAGCCGCAUCUCCCACCUGGUCCUACCAAUCCACCCGGUGCAGACUAUCGAGAAGGGGGGCUGCCAUGUCCACACCAAACCCUAGGGGCAAAGCCUGCCAGAGCCCUGGGAGGGGUUGGAAAGACAGUUCUGGCAAACUCCAGUGCAGGUGGAGGCACAACCAGAGCUAUUUCUCUUCAAUUUGUUUCUCUUUCUUGGUAGGAGUUUGACAGGUACAAGUUGAUACAGGCCAUUUGGCCAGCUGAGUCCUGGAGGUGAUAGAUCACAUACUUCCUUCUGGCAGAUGGGAAGAGUGGAUAUUUUAGGUAUUUAGUAGAUAUUGCACAGAAGAACAUCACUGUGUGGGGAGGCAGGAGGGAAAACAGGACUUUGCAGCUAGCAUUCCUAUCAGUAAAUACACAAAUAACGUACACAACUAGUAUGCCAGAAAAAUACUUCAGUUCAGUAGCUCUUUCAUUUCUCCCUGCCCCUCAGUUUGCUAAUGUAAUGUACAUCAGCCUCACAAUGUACUUUAUCUAGAAUGUUUCUCUCUCUUUGCAGAGAGCCCCUGCAACACAGGAAGGUCAAAUUCCCCAAAGCCCAACAUUUUGAAGGCAUGCUUCAAAAAGAAAACCAGUUUGCUAGU